AUGCCAAAAGGCAAGAACAGGAGCUCCGUGGGGUUCGAUAUCCUCCGCCAAAGCAGCUUUGAAGAGGAGGAACAUCAGCACCAAGGCACCCUCUCCACCUGCACUGUUCCCAAAACCCGCCGCACCUACUGCAAGGGCAAAGAGUGUCGAAAGCACACCCAGCACAAAGUCACCCAAUACAAAGCCGGAAAGGCAUCCUCGGUCGCCCAGGGCAAGCGCCGCUACGACCGCAAGCAGUCCGGCUACGGGGGCCAGACGAAGCCCGUGUUCCACAAGAAGGCGAAGACGACGAAGAAGGUCGUGCUGAGGCUCGAGUGCACGAACUGUAAGACCAAGGCGCAGUUGUCGUUGAAGCGGUGCAAGCACUUUGAGCUGGGGGGGGACAAGAAGACGAAGGGGGCCGCGCUGGUGUUUUAG